GGAUAGAUGAACAUUGCCCAUACCUCUCUGGCAGAAAGUUAUGGGAUAAUGUACUUUUCUAAAAACGUAUGGGGCAAAUUGUCUACUUCUUCCCCACAAAGAACCUAUUGAGAAGAUCAAAGAAGCAAAAGCAACAACAAUCCCUUUGAACAUCAAUGGCUUCCAUCGCCAUAUCCGCCUCCUUACAAAGAGCUUGCAGUUCACAUCAUGUCACCAGGAAGCAACAUGCACAAUCCAGACCAGCUUAUUCUCUGGGGACGAAGCAAGUUAUGAAUGCUGUAACCUUAGAUGUUGAAGGCCAAAAAGGGUUUAAAAUCGAUGAAAAAGAGAAACCAUCUUUACAUAUUGAUAAGCCAAAGGAUUCCGAAGAUCAGUCGACAGACAAGUUCGAGACUGGAGCUUCAGCUAGGAUGUUCGAGGACGAACGAUGGAAGAAUGGAACAUGGGAUUUGAAUAUGUUUGUUAGAAAUGGUAGGAUGGACUGGGAUGGUGUGAUUGUUGCAGAAGCAAAGAGGAGAAAGUACUUGGAGAUGUACCCAGAAGCUAGUUCAAACCAAGAACCAGUCCACUUCAGAAGCUCAAUCAUACCCUGGUGGGCAUGGUUCAUGCGAACAUAUCUUCCCGAGGCUGAAUUGCUCAAUGGUCGUGCAGCAAUGAUAGGGUUCUUCAUGGCUUACGCGGUGGACGGUUUAACCGGGAUGGAUAUGAUUGGACAGACAGGCAAUUUCGUGUGCAAGAUGGGAUUGUUUGCAACAGUCAUUGGUGUCGUGCUGGUGAGGAAAUCCCAAGACUUAGAUAACCUGAGGAAGCUAGCGGAUGAGGUUACUUACUAUGAUAAACAAUGGCAAGCUUCCCAGAAAGACGAAGAAACUGGAAAUUCUUAAAAAUUCUUUUAAUUUAGUUUCUUUGUA